UCUCGCUCGCCGUUGAGGUUUUGAACAAACUUUAUCAGUACCGGCGUCAUUCGGUUACAUGUCCAACAUGGGCGCACGGGUCGCGCGUAUGUUCCGUAAUUUCAACCUAGAAAGCCGAGUUCACCGAGAAAUCUCAAAAGAAAAGCCCCGCGCGGCGCCGCGGCACGAGGCCAACCUGCCGGCCCCCGACGGGAGCUCUGAAGCUCUGGAGACCGCGAGGUCAGUCAGCCAGAAGAACGACCCGCUGCUGAGCCUCCUGAAGUCCGUGUAUGUGGAGUCGAAAGAUCCGGCUGCAGAGGGCUCAAAGGACGUGGCCGGGGGCGACGAGCCGGAGCGGCGGCCGCUGAGGUUCAGCUUACCGGGGGGAGCCUUCAGCCCCGUGGAGCUCACCGAUGUUCCCAAAGGCAAACUGACCAUCGUCGAGGCUCUGAGGGCCCUGAGCAGUCACCAGCGCCAGCCUCAGACAUGGACGCAGGGAAAGAUCGCUCAGGAAUAUUCUCUGGACCUGAAGGAUACCAAAGCUCUUCUAGAGUUCUUCAUUCCUUUCCAGGUCCAGAUUAUACCACCCAAGACGGAAAAGGCCAAGCAGAUUAAGGCUUCAUAGGACUGGAUCUUAUGUGAAUGCCAGACGUUAGACAAAAUAUGACCUGGCAUUUCUGUGCAAUAUAAAGUAAUGAAUAAAUAGCAGUCUUUUAUUUUAGAAUAUUAUUUCUGCAUAGUCCCCUUUUGAUUGCUCUGAUAAAAGAUUCUAUUCACACAGGUUUCCCCACUUCGAAAGAGCCAGAAAAGGGGUUUAAAGAAACCUGUUCUGAAGGAAUUGUGAGUGAGAAGGAAAUCUCAUGUUAGUGUGUACGGUCCCGGAGCCACAAUGGGUUAGCCUGGCUUUACUUUAAGAUAUCUUUUCAAAAUGUUUUUUUUACAGUUUUGUACAGAUGAAGCAAAUAAGAUGGCAUGUCAAAAAGCCAUAGAGGUGUUGACUGUUGGAAUGGGCCAGCUGUUGCUCCCGUUAGUUAAACUCCGCUGACGUUGUCAAACUCCUGCUCUCACACUCGGAAAGGAAUCCGUACUACCUACCUUUUUAAAGCCCCAAAUGUGGCAGUUGGGAAAUUAAUUUAUUAAGCUUUCAAGUGGCAGCCGUAGCUCAGGUAAAGGAAGUAAUGUGUCUGAACACCUUAAACUACACCAAAUUUGUUGCACAUGCACAAAGCUUUUUUUGGUAAAUAAUAAAUUAUUUAGUUUAUUCCAUGUGUCGCAUCACUUAUUUAAAGCCACUGUCAUGGGUUCGGUGAAUUAACAUCUUACACUUUCAACGCAACCAAGUAUCAAUUGUGAUCUGUAACCAUCAAUGUUGUAUUUGUUGGGUUCUGAAGCUUCUGAUCAAGGAUCACUACUGUUACCUUUGGCCCUGCUGGGCAGAGAAGUGAAAAAGUCAACUGGCUUAAGUUUAAAAAUCAUGAAAAAUGUUAUAACUAACAGAAGUAAUAAGCCAUACAGUUACAAAGUGAAAUAAAGUAUGAAUAGUGUAUAUUAUUUCACGAAAUAGAGCAGUCCCA